AUGUUGAAUGUUCAGGCUUUCCAAUGCCACAGUCAAAUCUUCCAUCUGUUUGAGCAUCACCUCCUCUUCAUCUCUGUUCUUAGUCUCAUACAACUGGGAUCAGGUCAGUUUCAAGUGUUUGGCCCAGAUGAACCUAUUCAGGCAUUGGUGGGAGAAGAUGUCAUUUUCUCCUGUUAUGUCUUACCCAAGAUGACUUUGGAGGACAUGGAGGUGAGGUUCUUCAGGAACCAAUUCUCUUCCAUGUUGCUUUUAUACAAGGAUGGAAGAGAAAUACCUACGAGACAGAUGCAAGAAUAUCAAGGGAGAACUCAGUUUGUUCAAGAUGCCAUCACUGAAGGGAGAGUCUCCUUAAGAUUGAAGAACAUAACACCUUCAGACAUGGCAACAUAUGGAUGCUGGUUUAGCUCCCAAACUUUCUACCAGCAGUAUACUUGGGAGCUACAGGUAGCAGCUCUGGGAUCAACCCCUCUUAUCUCUCUUGAGGGAUACAGAGAUGGAGGCAUCUUGCUGGUUUGUCAAUCAGCUGGGUGGUUGCCCAAGCCAAAUGUACAAUGGAGACAGUAUCCAGAACAAUGGCUGUCAUCAAAGCACACAGUGAACCAAGAUGAUAAUGGUCUCUUUUUCAUAGAAACCACCCUUCCUGUAAAAGAACAUUCAAAUAAGAACAUCUCAUGUUCAGUCCUAAACCUUCUCCUCAGAAAAGAGAAAGAAUCCAGAGUGCAGAUAGCAGAUGAGUUUUUCCAGACAUCCCCCUGGAUGUAUGCUGUCCUUAUGGUGAUAAUUCUUGCCUUGGCUGCCCUUGCUUUUAUUUUUUAUACCUACUAUAAUCAAGAGAAAAUCAAGAAAAAUAUGGAGUUAAAGAAAGAAACAAAAGAAGCAGAAUGGAUCAAGGCCACUGAACAUUCAGUGGAAAUUACUCUGGAUCCAGAUACUGCUCAUCCCAAACUCCAUGUAUCUAAAGAUCAGAAAUCUGUGACCUAUGAAGAAAUGAUGGAAAAGCUUAAAACUGAGAAAACAUUUGAGUUUCCAUGUGUGUUGGCCUCACAGAGCUUUUCCUCAGAUAAACAUUAUUGGGAGGUGGAGGUUGGGGAGAUGAGGAAGUGGUAUCUGGGGGUAUGUUGGGAGGAUGUGAACAGGAAGGAAAAGGAAAUCACAUUUUCCCCUAAGAACGGCUACUGGAUUUUGGGGCUGUGGAAUGAAUAUGAGUAUUUUAUAUUCAACACCCUUAGAAAAGCCCUCAGUCUCUCAGUACAGGCCCGUAGAAUAGGAGUGUUCCUAAACUAUGAGGACAAGGAAAUUUCCUUCUUCAAUGUGACUCAAAGAUCACACAUCUACACAUACCCUAAUUGCAGUUUCAAUGGGAAAGCCCUCUACCCAUACUUCUGUCCUCGGAGAAGUGAUGAUGAGAAACAUGCAAUCCCCAUGUCAAUUUCUCCUGUGUUAAUUGUGCCUUUUGGAGAUGGUAUUUCUCAGGUCAAGUCCUGCUUUAGUAAAAAUGAUGUUCCCAGCCCACAAACAACUCAAUGCCUACUUCAUGGAAUAUCUUGUCGCCCCAAGAGACUUUAA